UUUUAUGAAGCUACUUGGAGAAAAAAGACUCUGAGCUCCUGGAGGGUAAGAAGCAUCAUCCUUCAUCUGCGUUCUCAGCCCAAACCCCAGGCAGCACCCUCUGCUCCCCAGCCCGUGUCGUCCAGGAGACUGUUGCUAGGUGAUGCGUUCCAGAGUUCUGAACUAUUGUGGCCGCUGGCGCGCAGUGGACCGGGAGCCCCCGGCCUGUCCACACAAUGGCCACGGCCUAUGUUCCUUCUGUGCAGUACGAGUGUCCGGUUUAUCAGUAUGUUGUGCGGCUGGGCCAGUGCCUCCGGAGGUUCUGGAAUGUCUAUAUUAUGGGCUUCUUCAUUGAGGAGGAGGAAGAACAUAUCCCCCCAAGCCAGAUUUUUUUUCAUAAAGGAAAAAUCGUGGCACUUGGCCAGACGUUGAGGAACAAAUCCCUGGCCAUCGAGGAGCGGGCCCAGGCCGCCUACAGGAUCGGACUGCUGGCCUUCACAGGAGGACCCACGGCCGCGAAGUUUGCGGCCGAGCACAUGAAAGAAGUGGCGCACUUGCUGCAGAGCGGCCAGGCAGCCCCCGAGGCGAGGAUCCUGCUGCUCCAGAGCGUGGCCUGCUGGUGCUACUUGAACCCCAUCACCCAGAGGAGGGCCAAGUUCCUGCAGCUCGUCCCCAUUCUCAUGGCGAUUUUUGGGAACGCCCCCGAGUCCAGCCAGACGGACGUCAACAACACCCUCCAGGUGAAGUUCUGGGCGUGCUACACCCUGUCCGUCAUGACCUGCAACAACCUGUCCUACAUGGAGGAGCUGAGGGAGCACUCCAAGUUCAAGUACCAACUGCAGGCGCUGGCGCAGAAGGACUGGGCGGGCUGGCCCGAGAACUUCGCUGAGGUGCUCUACUUCCUCAUCGGUUUCCACAGGCACUGACGCCUCUCCCUCCGGGCCCGGCCGU